AUGUCAGCUCCUGAGAAGGGAAAAGAAGACUCCGUCGCGGACGACAAUGUGACGAGCCACCACGACGAAGACGCGGCAGUCUUCGACGAGAAACCCGUCUUCAGACCAGAGGCAGACUACUCUGGUGCCCAGGAGAAAACCGAUCCUGUUGAGAUCAGCCUCGUGCGGAAGCUCGACAUGUGGAUAAUGCCAACGCUCUGGCUGAUGUUCUGGUUGAACUACCUGGACCGCAAUGCCAUUGCUUUGGCGCGUCUCAACGAUCUGGAAGAGGACCUGAACUUAUCCUCGUCCGAAUAUCAAACUUGUGUUUCUAUCCUGUUUGUGGGAUAUAUCUUGGGGCAGAUCCCGAGUAACAUGAUCCUGACUAGAGUCAGACCUUCGUGGUACAUGGCUGGAUUCAUGGCCCUAUGGGCUGCAGUCAGUGCACUGACUGCCCUGGCAAAGGACUUCAAGGGCUUACUGCUCACAAGAUUCUUCCUAGGCGCUCUUUACAUGCUGUCGAUUUUCUACAACCGCAAAGAGAUAGCCACCCGGAUCUCCAUUCUCUAUACUGGAAAUAUUCUCGCCACUGCCUUUGCCGGCCUCAUCGCUGCCGGGGUCUUUCAUGGUAUGGACAACGUGAGGGGUGUCAAGGGUUGGCAAUGGCUGUUCAUUCUGCAGGGCACGGUGACCUUUGUCGUCGCGGUGCUCUCCGUUUUCACCCUCCCCGACGAUCAACGCCAUACACGAUGGCUGUCUCCUGAUCAGCGGAAACUUGCCUACGAGCGGAUCGUUGCUGAUACUGUAGGUGCACGCCAGCAAUCGAGUACCAUGAGAGGUCUAAAAGAAGCCGCGUCUGAUCCUCGGCUCUGGCUAUUCGCCUUCAUGCAACAUAUGCAUUUAGCUGCGAAUGGAUUCAAAAACUUCUUCCCUACCGCCGUCGAGACGCUCGGUUUUAACACCACAGUGACUCUGGUCCUUACAUGUCCCCCAUACCUAAUUGCGGGAGCCGGUUCGGUGUUCUGGUCGUGGAACUCAGGGCGCAUGAACGAGCGCACCUGGCAUAUCACCAUCGCCAAGUCUCUCGCCAUCAUUGGAUUCAUCUUGGGAUGUGCAACGCUUAAUACAGCUGCACGAUACACGGCCAUGAUUAUCUUUGCGAUUGGCACUUACGCCGUUAAUAGCAUCAUUCUCGGCUGGGUAUCCAGCACCUGCGGCCAGACGAAUGAGAAGAAGGCAUCCUCACUCGCCAUAGUCAACACCAUUGCUAACAUCUCGUUCAUUUGGACCCCUCCCCUCAAACUAGUACCUAUGGCCAUCCUCCGAUGGGCCCCGGUAUACGAUUGCCAUGUCAUCGAGCGCAGCGUUUAG